AUGUCGGACGCCGCAGUUAUCAAACAAGUAAAAAUCAAAACCGGCGUGGUGAAGCGACUUCUCAAGGUGAUUCGAGUCAGGGUCAUUUGAUAUAAUUAAAAUUUUAAUUUUAGGAACGAGUUUCUUACAUUAAAGAGGCGGAAAACGAAACGGCAAAGGUCCAGGCGAUGAAGGCGCAGGCGUCUAAUGAAGAUGAAGAGUAUGCCGCGAAGAAAGCUGAGGCGGUACUUCAGGUUUGUCUUUCUCACUUAUAAAGUGAAUAUAAUACAUUUUUCCUCUCAAAAUGUCUGUCAAUUUCGCAGGAAACACGUAACAUGGUGGGAGACGCGGCUCGGCGUUGCGCCACGGCUGCGGCGGAGCUGCGAAAACUUCUCGAAGAGGCGAAACUCGACCCAGAAAGCCAGGAGGCCAAGGACGCGCAGGAGCAACUCGGGCUCUGCGAAGGCGUCGUCGCUUAA